UUUACAUUCACAACGAUUGCACUUCCGGUUUUUCGACCCUACUUUCAUUUCAAAGCGAGGUACUUCCUUUUUCUAUCCCAACUGGAACAAAAUGACCAAGGGUACAUCCAGUUUCGGAAAGCGGCACAACAAAACCCACACCCAGUGUCGGCGUUGUGGCCGCCGUGCAUAUCACAUUCAGAAGAAACGAUGUGCAUCAUGCAGCUACCCUAGUGCAACCUUAAGAAACUACAACUGGAGUGUAAAGGCCAAGCGCAGGAGGACCACAGGCACAGGCAGAAUGCGCUAUCUGAAGGAUGUCCACAGGAGGUUUAGGAAUGGUUUCCGGGAAGGUACAGUCCCCAAGCCCCGCAGGUCUGGUGCUGCAGCUCCAUCUGCGGCCGUUGCCACCAAAUAACCUGUUUAUCUGUACAUAGGAAAAUAAAAGAGAAAAAAACAAA